AUGGAAGCUAUCCAUUUCACUUCCUCUUCUUGUGUCUCUCGAUAUCAUGGCUUUAACAGAAGAAGACCCUUCGAAUUCAAGCGCAACCAUAUCUGUUACGGUUAUGACCCCCACUUCCUGCGCAAAGCCCAAAGCCUCUCCUCGCCCCUGGUAACCCUUCGUUCUAAACCCUCUUCCCUCCCUCCCAACCACUUCACCUUCCAACACCAACAACAUCACGAUGUCGAGGAUCAUCAGCUUCACCCCAAUCCCUCCGUUCAAUUACCACUCGAUCAACAUGAGAAACCUGAGGAAGUGGACGCCAAACGAGAGCUUCUAUCGCUGUCUCUGCCUGCCCUUGCCGGUCAGGCAAUUGACCCCAUGGCUCAGUUGAUGGAAACCGCCUUCAUUGGCCGACUCGGCACUGUCGAAUUGGCUUCCGCCGGCGUUUCCGUAUCCAUCUUUAACAUCAUUUCUAAGCUUUUUAAUAUUCCCCUUCUUAGCGUUGCUACUUCCUUUGUCGCUGAGGACAUGGCCAAGACUGCUUCUACUCAACGUUCUGAUUCAGAUCCGGGUGAUCCAGAAAAUACUGGCAAUGGUAAACCUUUCAAAACAGUUCCCCAGAGAAAACAGCUAUCCUCUGUCUCCACUGCUUUGCUAUUAGCACUCGGCCUUGGCAUUUUUGAGGCUUUUGCUUUGUACCUGGGAUCUGGAACAUUUCUACAUUUAAUUGGUGUACCAACACAAAAUCCAACUUAUGCUCCUGCACGACAAUUUCUUUCUUUAAGAGCUGUUGGUGCUCCUGCAGUUGUACUUUCUUUGGCUCUUCAAGGCAUUUUCCGUGGUUUUAAGGAUACAAAAACUCCUGUGAUAUGCAUAGGCAACUUUUCAGCUGUCUUCUUAUUUCCCUUACUUAUGUAUUACUUUCGGUUGGGUGUCGCUGGGGCAGCCCUUUCCACAGUUAUCUCUCAAUAUAUUGGGACCAUGUUGAUGAUCUGGUGUCUGAAUGAGCGAGCUGAGUUACUACCUCCAAAGAUGGGAGACCUGCAAUUUGCAAGUUAUAUUAAAUCUGGUGGUUUCCUUCUUGGAAGAACACUUGCUGUUCUUUCAACCAUUACAUUGGGGACAUCAAUGGCUGCUCGACAUGGUCCAGUAGCUAUGGCUGCACAUCAGAUAUGUAUGCAAGUGUGGUUGGCUGUUUCCCUUCUUACUGAUGCGUUGGCUGCAUCUGGUCAGGCUCUUAUUGCAAGUUCUGUAUCCAGACGUGAAUACAAAGUUGUGAAGGAGAUUACUAGUUUUGUGUUAAGGAUUGGACUGGUAAUGGGUAUUUGCUUGACUGCAAUUUUGGGUGCAUCGUUUGGAUCUUUAGCUACCGUUUUUACUCAGGACUCUGAAGUCUUGCAGGUGGUCAGAUCAUUGGUGUUGUUUGUCAGUUUUUCUCAACCAUUUAAUGCACUGGCAUAUAUUUUUGACGGUCUCCAUUACGGUGUUUCUGAUUUCCGAUAUGCUGCUUUAUCCAUGAUGUUUGUGGGAGCAGUCUCUUGUGCAUUCUUGGUAUUUGCACCUCCACUUUUGGGCCUCCAGGGCGUAUGGCUAGGCCUAGUUCUCUUCAUGGCUCUUCGUGCGGCAGCUGGUGCUCUCAGAUGUCUAUCAAAGAAUGGUCCUUGGUGGUUUCUACACAGGGAUUUACAAAUUGUAGAGGCUUCGUUUGGUACCGUGGAAGUGGGAAGGGGUGGAAGGAAGAGAGGAGAAAUUAGUGGUUUGGUUGGAGUGAAGUAUGAAGAAAAGAAAGACAAAGGUGGUCUCAUGAGUCUUAAGCUGGAGGAUAUGGAUGAAACACAAUAA